UUGCUUUCAUUACCUGACGUACAAAUAGCGGAAAACAGUACACUUGAUUGGGUCAAAAUUAGUGCCAAUGUGUUGCAUGCUUGACAGCAAACUUUGCUUUGUGAGACUUAUGCUUCAUGCAUAUAAGAAGGGUGUUUUUGAAGAUGGGGCAAUCGUUGUGAACCAAAUUUGACAGACCUAUCACGAUGGACAUCCAGGUUUUGGCCGCCGGUUGCUGAUGCCGCCCCCGCCCGGAAAGGACUCAACAUGGGCUCUUCUUCGCUACUCUCAGCAGCUUGAAUACCUUCGAGAAGUAUUCUUCCACCUCCCUUCCGUUCUCUCUCUCUUGCUCUCUUCCUUGUUCGUUAUUUAAAUUUACUACUUCUUGUGAUGAUACGGACCGGUAUUUGAAUUGAUAAGACAAACUCGUGCUAUUAGUGUAUCUUAGCAAAGAUAAGAUACACUAUUAGUCAUUGAUUCUUCUAGAUGAUCCUUAUUAGUGUAUCUUAGUAAAGAUCCCUUGGUAUGGAACCUUCUGAUAUUCGAGGAAGUUCUAUAUUUCAUUCCAUCUUUGUAAUUUUAUUCUAAAUGCAUUCCCCUUUGCAUCUGAGUUGGAAUUCAUAACUGGGAAUUUUUCUAGACUAAUACUCGGACCGGUUCUUUUAAUCGAGCAUCAUCAAGUUGAGGUUUCAUAUCAAUCUGAUGCUGUUGUUCUGCACUUUUCUACUAAUGUUCAAUAUGAAAUGUAAUUGUUCACCCCCCCCCACGACCCCUCGUGCAGAGACUCUUCACACUUCUGCGCUCGUGGGUCCGACGGCAUUAGGUCGAACUCGAGGGUGGGGGGGGCGGGGGACGUCCUGCGUCCAGUUGUUCGAAUCGCAUCUGGUUGAUAUAUGAUCACUAGAAAUGGGUUCAGGUGAAAGCGAGGCGGGCCAUUAAAUAAUCAAUUAUAUCCCUUCCCCUCCGACCCGUCACUUGGGAGAGACGCGACAAGUCAUUUUGUUAUCAUUCCCUGGCAAUAAUCCUCUCUUUUCUUCUUUUUUUUUUGCGGAAAAGCCCCUCAAGUUUUAGGUAAUUUUGUCUUCCGCUUUCUCGUCUUUUUCUUUUGCCCUGUAUCCCCAAGCAGCGCCCGACGCCCACUUUGCUCCCUCGUCCUCCUACCCAGGGAUGGAAACCCUAGAGGCCACCGAGCCCAUGUCCGGCGAGUCGCCGACCCAACCCCAAAGCUCGGGUUCCCCCCAACCGCCACUGGCUCCAUCCGAGCGGCGACUCCUCGAAUCUACGUAUCUUGCGGACGCUGCUGCAGACGGCGCCUCCGUCGCGGCGAACUUGGCUCCGGUAACCCCCUCCGGAACCGAAGCUAAGGAUGAUGUCGAUGCGCAUUUUGGCAACGGGGGAUUGGGUCUAGGAUCGGUUACCGGCGAGUCACUGGAAGGAAUCCCUAUCGCCGUCGGCGAUCUCGUGUGGGGGAAGACCAAGAACCAUCCCUGGUGGCCGGCGCUGGUUUCCGAUCCCUCCCGCGCGCCCAUCGAUGCCAAGAAGGCCCACCUGAGCGACGUCUCCCUCCUGCUGGUCUACUGCUUCGGCAGCGGUGCCUUCGCCUGGUGCGAGCCAGCCCAGCUGAAGCCCUUCGUCGAGGACUUCCAUCGCAUGACGAGGCAGAGCAGCUCUAAGAGCUUCGUCGCAGCCGUCGAGGGCGCCUUGGAUGAGAUCAGGCGCCGCCUCCAGUUGGAGCUCACUUGCGGCUGUGUUCCGCCGGAGGCCGGAGGGAAGACUGCUGAAUGCCCAGCCGGGAGGCUUCCGAUCUCGAACUUUCAGCCUUUGGAGUUCCUCGAGCAUCUCCAAGGCGUGGCUUGUGACGUUACGAUGGCCGAUGUGUUACAAGUUGCAGCUUUGAGAAGUUGGGUGAUCGCUUUCGCCAAAGGAUGGACUGCUGGUUUGCCUGGGUACCACCCUCGCCGUGAGAUAAUGGAGCUGGUGGACAAGAUUGAUCUUGACGUGCCACCAGGAGACCUGGGCGAUGGCAAUGAGGAGGGAGAUGGCGAAUGUUGGAUCACCGGGAGCAGGGUCAGAAAAGGUCUCAAAACAUCAGAGGAUAACUUGCACAAGAGGCAGAAAAAAAGGAGCAUGGCUGCACUGAUAGCUGGGAUGGAGUUGGAUACAGUUGAGCUCAGCGAUGGUGAUGAAUUUACGGUGGAGGAGAAGGUAAAGGGCGUGAAGAACCAGAUGAUCAAGAAGGUGAAAGAUAUGGAUGCAGAUGAUUGUGGUGUUGAGGCCCAAGAAGAUACUGGCUCAGGUAGACGGGAGCGGAAGAAGAGCAAGUACUUGUCACCUCCUUACACUUGCUUGGGUGCAUAUACCAACACUCUUGACUCACCGAGGAGUGGUGAGGUGAAGUCACCUAGGAAGGCUGCUGAAGCCUCUCGGGCUCUAAAUUCUGAUAUCUCAUCCUUAUUGAGGUGCGACUCGGAGUCCGUUGAGAAGGAAGAGGAUACUAGUAAUCCUGGUUUUGGAAUUGAGAGCACUUCUGUCAAUGACAUUCUUGCAGAAUUACUUUGCACGGCAAGAAAUCCACUUCAUUUAAAGUGGAACCGAUCAGCAAAGAUGAUUAAGAGCUUCUUCAUUAAAUACAGAAGCUCAAUGUACACAAGUGGAUCUGACUUCCUAACGUACCAGAAGCACCAUAAUGAAUGCUGUCAGGUGAGUAUAGAAUCUCCAAACAAGCUGAUUGUCAAUAAUAGUUCUGAACUGGGAAAAUCUGAGGGGGGAUGGAAGGAUAAGAAAGAUGCUGCUGAUUUGCAAGUAGAGACAGGCCUAGUUCCUGAUUCAAGAAGUUGUUCUGAACAAUGCAAGGUUGGGCGGAAGAGGAAGAUGAGAAAGAAUGAAGAUAACAAUGUAACACUAGCAGAUUUGGAGCCUCAGGUCAUAAACAUUCCAGUGGAAAGAAAAAACAUAAAGAGCAAAGUUGUAGCUACUGGAGAAAGUGUAGUUCUGUGCCCUGCGCCUGUUAAUUGUAUGCAACCAGCUGAAGUUGGAAACAAGAUGAAUAAGAAGGGUAAGGGAGUUACUAAUGGGCAAAAGGCCGUGGACCCUGUCCAUAAUCUUUCAGAGUGUUCACAAGAUGGCAACUCUAAACGGAAGCGGAAGAAGAGCAAACGUGCAAAUGCUGAUGUACCCUUGGUUGAUUCGAUCAGGGGCAUCACAAAUACUUUGGAGAAAGUCAAAUCUGAGCACUCGAGGAAAGAUGAUGAAGCUUGUUACAGUUACCCUGGAGCUCUUCUCUUGACUUUUGCCUCAGGAGUUCCUUUGCCCUCCCAAAGCGAACUAAUUUCUACUUUUCGCAAGUAUGGAGUUGUGAUAGAAUCAGAGACGGAGUUGCUAAAAGAGACCAGUAGUGCUCGUGUUGUGUUUGCCAAAAGCACUGAUGCGGAAAAAGCCUUCAAUAGCUCAGAUAAAACUGGUGUCUUUGGGCCACCAUUUGCAAACUACCAUCUCCACUAUCUACCUCCGAUUGCAUGCUCUCCUCAUCCAAUACCUCCUCUUCCUUACAUAAGGGAGAGUCUCGAGAGGAUGAUAUCUACUCUGACUACUACUACGUCAGUGAAAGAGACAGGGCCAUCUGAUGGGAUGAAGCCUGCUGCAAGGGAAAAUUUAGUUGGAGACAUGGAGGGCCUCCUGAAGAAGGUGAACACAAUGCUAGACGGGGCUGCUGCUGGUACCUAGUUUGAGAAUGAUAGUAUGGUUCUAACAUCUUUUAGCUUAGGCAUCAGUGAUCGGCCCUGCUUUAUCAGGUUGUUGAAUGAUGACCUAUAAGUGGGAUCAGUACCACUUGCUUUAUUUAGGUUGCUGAAUGUAAGUGUAAUUGUUAUUAGUACCGUCAGUACGACUUGCUUGAUCUCGUUUGCUGAACAUUGACAUGUUGACCUUAUGCAUAGCUUAGUUUAGAUCAUCUGUGUGCAUUAUAGACUAUUUCUUCUCACUGUUUUCUGCCAGAUAAUGGAUAACCUCAUCCGCUUUGCACA